UGAGCUUGGUUUCAGUAAAGUGUAGUCGUUGUGGUAUCUCUAUCGAAAUUCCAAACGCAAUUUCUGAAAAUCGAAGCAAGUUUAUUUAGUUGUUAGUUACUGUUAGUACAACCACAGAUCCGCAGGUUUUUCCAUUUUCCCGAGAAAGUGCGAGAAAGCGAUGGAAAAGAUGAACAGAGCCUUCAUGAAAGUGAAGACGAUGGUUGGAUUGGAAGUCGAAGACGAAGAGCAACAAGCUUCCGCAUUGGAAGACAACAACAACGCAAGCUCCUUCGCCUUCAUGGACGAUUUCAACCGCAACUGCACCUUGUCUACCACACAGAGACUUUAUGGUUUUGCCAUAUGCUUUUCUGCGGGAUUAACUUUUACACUAUUGUCUAUGCUUGUUUUCUUGAAACCAAUCAAGUUUGGGAUAACAUUCACUCUUGGCAAUUUGCUAUCACUUGGAAGCACAGCAUUUCUCAUAGGUCCUAAAAGGCAAGUGACAAUGAUGCUUGAUCCCGUUCGUAUCUAUGCAACAGCCAUAUACAUUGCAAGUAUGAUAAUUGCCUUGUUUUGUGCACUUUAUGUUCAUAACAAGUUACUGACACUUCUUGCAAUUAUUUUGGAGUUUGGGGCUCUAAUUUGGUAUAGUUUGAGCUACAUCCCUUUUGCAAGGUCCAUGGUUUCAAAGAUCAUGGUUUCAUGCUUUGACACAGAAUUUUAGGUUAUAUACUCAAAAGACUAGCAUUAUCUGUUGAACUGCAUUGAUCCCCGCAAUAUCCUUGCAACCUUGCACAAAGGUUUUGUGCCGCUGAAGUACAAUGUAUGGAUUGUGAUUAUCCAUUGCCUGUCCGUUUCUGUUAUGGAGUCUUGUCUAUGUUCUACUUGAUUGUCAGAAGUAAACUCUUGUGCAUUUGUAUUAUGUUGUCUAUGGGCUAAUGUAAAGAUUUUUGUUUCUCUCAACCUGUUGUCCUUUCUUUCUUUACUCGUCUUUUUCACCAUCCGCAAGUUGCUUUGGAGAAGGUUGUCUCAAAGAGUCAAAGUCUGCAACCUUUUAUUCAAAAGAUAACAAGGAGAAUUAAGGCGUUUUGAAGGCUUGGGUACGACAUUUUUGUUUGCAAUUGUUGAAGGUUGAGAAAGUUGUUAUUUUAUUUUAUUUUAUGUUCUUUAUUUUGAUGCAUGCUUUAGACAAAAUAUAUUUG